AUUCGCGAGCUAGAGAGAGAAAGAGAGAGAGAGAGAGAGAGAGAGAGUGUGUGUGUAUUCCCACGGCUCCAGCGUGCGCGGGCUGAGGGGGGACAACUGAGCUGCUGCGAGAAAGAGAGAGAGAGGGCCAUUGUAGAGUGACACGCAUACACUGACGCGCAGCAGCCAGGAGAGAGACAGAGAGAGAGAGAGGGGGGAGAAAGGGAUACGUAUAUACAUAUCCCCUCACGGGCGCGCUACACUAGAGAGAGUGAGAGAGAGAGAGGCAUCCGGAGAUACAGAUAAUUCCUUCUCUCUCUCUCUUUAGCCAACACCGUCUAACUCGACCUGGUGCUGCCGCCGCGCUGCCGUCUGCGCGCAUACACCUACACGCACACGCGCGCCGCUGCCUGACUCUAGCCACGAGUGGAAGAGAGACGACGCGAGAGAGCAGAAUAUAGAGAGAAUACGAGCCAAGCGAUAGAAGAGGACAGAGCGAUCGAGAGAGUCUCGGGGCGAGAAGAUUAUCGGCCGCGGCGGUGGCGGCACGGCACCUUACCGAGAGAGCGAGAAAGAGAGAGAGAGAGAGAGAGAGAGCGAGAGCGAGAGCGCCCCGACGUCUGUGUGAGAAGAGGAGGAGAGCACGGAGACAAGGAGUGCGUGUGAGUGCGCGCGAGGACACGCUCGAGUCGUUCCAUCCGCUCUCCCCUGGAACCUGGACAGCGGCAUCGAGGAGCAACGCGCCCGAAGAGCCAGUAAACAGCGCGCUCCGUACCGAGAGAGCAAAAUAUACUACGUGUGCGUGCAGUUUCUCUCUCUCUCUCUCGAUCUCGCUAGCUGCGCUGCUUUCCGUCUCUAUUCUCUCUCUCCUGCUCGAUCUGUGCUGCACUCUGCAGCCGCGCGCGCUAGUGUAGUGUGUUUUUCGCUGCCCCGUGUGCUGCUGCGCUGUGCUCUACUACUCUGUGUGUGCGACGACCGACGACGAGGGGAAUGAGAGAGAAAGAGAAGAAGAGAGAGACGUAGAGAGCGCCCGCCGCGCGGAAAGAGAGAGACCGAGAGCUACCUCUCUCUCUCUCUCUCUCUCUCGCUCUGUUGUUUUUCUUUUUAUUUUCGUGAACGAGGCGCUUCGCCGAACGCCUCCGUGUUGAGCGUGCAAUCCGCGGCAUACACUCGCACUCACACACACGCGCGCGCGCGCGCAUACCUACGAGCGAGCCUACGACGACGACGAGUUCUACAUCGCGCCUUUUCGCAGGCUGCAGCAUCAUCCUCGUCAUCCCCGUCGCGCUCAGCGUCUUGGAGUUCGAGCCACAUCCGGCUGCCGAACCGGCCCCGUAGCGACGCGUCGAGCACACAGCUGAGCCGUAGCAGCCCCGACGUCGUCGCCUGGCGGCGGCGGCGGUGCCGCCAGUACGGCAAGCGCUAAUGCAGCCCAGGAGCCCAGUGCCGAACGUGCCCCAGCAUCACCGCUCUGGCUAGCGCACCAGCAGGGAACAUGCUCUGCUCGUUCACGCUAGUCCAGCCAGCAAUCUGACGAGAGCUCAGGCAGCCAGCAGCCAACAUGAAGACUGAGAAGAAACCCAGCGAGCCCAGCUGUGGUGUGCCCACGGUGGUGGUCAAGGAGGAGCCGGAAGCCCCUGAUAGAGUCAAGAUCAAGGAGGAGACGGGCAUUGCUAACAACGAGGAAACACCCAGUGAGGACAACGCAGCCGAGUGCCUCAAGGAGGCUGCUGCGCUGGACUCUGCCAGUGCAGAAGGAACCAUCGCUAGUGAUAACCAGAACGGUGGUGGCAAUCAAGCGUUAUUGAACUCUGUGAAACAGGAGAGUGAUCCUAUUAGUGCAGUGGAAGACUUGCCAACUGAGUGUGGGACAAAUGUUGGAUUACCAGGUGACGGUAUUCAACCAUUGGUUAGCAAUGUGUUGGCCAAACAAAUGGGAACUGGUGCAAAUGCUGGCGAAGCUCAGUAUAUGCAACAACAAAGCCAGAUAUUUGUUUUUUCAACACAGAUGGCUAAUAAGGGUGCAGAGAUGGUUAUGCAAGGCCAUUUUCCAACUAUUAUCGCAUACCACAUGGCACAGCCGAAUACAAAAAAAUACUUGGAGAAGCAUCCAAAUAAAAUGACUCAUUUUCGUCAAAGUCCUCACCAAUGGCUAAAUAACCUGGCUGCAAUGAAGCAAAAAGGUCAUCAGCAUAGUCCAAAUAUGGGUUUUUCUGGAGAACAACCUCCCGAUCUUCCUCCUCUGGAUCCAAAUGAGUCUGCUUUUUGGAAUGAACAACCGAACAUGCGAAACUUGAAUGGCAGUAAUCCUCUGGGAAAUCCCGAAUCGUCAAUAGAUGAUACAAAUGUUAAUGUGCCUUGCCUCGUGCCCAACUCCCCUAGUAAUUCAGCUAAUACUCAGCCUGUUGGUAGUGCAGCGAUAGGUCACAGUCCAAAUUUAAUGGGAGGCACGACCAGUCCAGGCCCUGGAGGCGUGCAACCUUCGUUACAGGGCGUUAAAGUACCGGAUGAGAAUCUAACUCCACAACAACGACAACAUAGGGAAGAGCAAUUGGCUGCGCUAACGAAAAUGCGACAAAUGCUCUUUCCUGAACAAAAAGAAGCAGCCAAUCCUUCAAUGGAUCCAACGCAAGGGGCUCCACCAGGAUCUCUUUGUCCAACUGGAAAUCUUCCACCAGUAAGUGCUCCAAAUCAAUGUGGGCCAAUGGAUUGGCACAAAGCAAUGCAACAUACUUUCUUAGACGGAAAAAAUAAGGUUGGAGUAGGCAGUCCAGGAGUGCCAGUACGUGGAUCUGGCGGUGGUGUAGUCGGUGGCGGUGGCCCUGGUCCCGGUUCCGGUGGUCCGGGUAGCGUGGGCGCAGUCGGACCCGGAGUUGGUGUUGGUCCCAACGGUCCUGGUUCGGUCGGUGGUGGGGGACCGCGAAGUCAAGGUCCUCCGCCGCCUUACCACCAAACAACGAGGUCGGCCAGCGUGCCGAUAGCCAUACAAAGUCCUAACCCUUCUUCACCGAAUAACCCCACGAGCAAUCUGUCGCUGCCAUCGCCUAGGGCGAGCUCGGCGCUCAACUCGCCAGCGGACUGUAACAGGCAGUUCCAAUUAGGCGGCACAGGUCCAGGAGCCGGUAAUGGCGGUCCAGUUCCAGGACAGAGGUCAACUGGUCCCGGAGCGGCCGGACCAGGUGGCCACUUGCCGGGUCAGAGCCCGACGAGUCAGGACUCGCCGAACCCGGCAGUUUCGACCGGAAACACGAGACUCAACCACAGUAAUCCCGGAACGCCUGUGUCGCAUGGACAUUUGACGGCCCUCAGCCCCAGUGGCACACCUCAGAAGGAUUCGUCUUCGCUUGACUUUCCUAACAAUCAACCACCCAAUGUGGACGGAAUGUUCUGUCGAUCGUUGCAAUCGUUGACGCAACAAAAGCAGCCGCUCGGUCCUGGUGGUGUAAAUCAAGUUGGUGUUAAAGAGUUGAUGCCUGUUCCAAGUCCACAACAAAUAUCCUACCUAAAUACAUUCGAAGGGCAAGAGCUGACAAUACAAAAACAGCCCAAUACCAGCCUAAAGGAUGGCAGUUUACCUACAAAUACUCAAGGCAAUAAUAACCCGGAUAUGGGCAACCGUAUGCUGCCUGGUAAUAUGGAAAGCAGCAGUGGAAACGCAGGUAGUACCGGAAAUAAUCAGUAUGGUCCCCGGUCGGAGGGUGCUAGUCCAUCUAUAGAGAGCGCGAAUAGGGGCUUUGGUGGAUCGCUGCACAGUCCUCACACACCUCAUACACCUCACACGCCGGGUAGUGUGGCACCACAUACGCCUGUCGAUGCGGGUAAGCCCGGUAAUAAAACGACGAGCGCCCAAAGCAGUCCGGCCUCGCACAAUACAAGUCUCACGGACAUGGGCAUGGGUCCACCUAGAACGAUACCGGCUUCGCCAAACACCAAAUCCGAAACCUCGCCAACUUCUAAAGACCUUCAGCAGCAGCAACAGCAGCAACAACAACAACAUCAGCAACAACAACAGCAGCAACAGCAAGGAAAUAUAUCUAGUGUGGGACCCGGUGGUAACAUGCCGAGUGGUAUGAUGUCUAUGGCGGGUCCGGGUGGUAACGCGCCUUUUGGCUGCGGUAGGCCUACGACGAACGUCAGCCAGCCGAAUGACAAUAUACCUUUGAACCCUAACAACAUCGGCAAUAGGCUAGGCGGCCUUGGGCCAAUGUCGACAAACAGCUUUGACCCCAUCACGUCGCUUGCACAGAUGAGCCAACAAUUAACGAAUACUGCAGCAAGUAACGCUCUUGGUAACGACAACUCGCCAAUGCAUGCAGGCAAUCCACAAGGAAUGAUGCCUUUCAAUCAUCCACACAACAUGCACAUGAUGCAAAUGCAGCAGCAGCAACAACAACAACAACAACAACAGCAGCAGCAGCAGCAGCAGGUCAACGAAAUGAACGGCAGCUGUCACAUGAGCAGCGGAGGUCCGCCGAAUGAGCCUGGUGAUGUAUCAGGUUUGUGCAUGGGUCUCGGUGGACCUGCUACCAGUUACAGCCCUACACCUCAUACAGGGAGUCCAGGUGUGCCGAACAAAAUGGGUCAACAUCAUCAUUCCAUGAUGUCGCAUGGGAUGAUGGGUCCCGCUGGACCCCAAGGACCUGGAAAUCCAAAUGUCAAUGUAUCGCAACCGGGUGGUUAUCCUUCAGGACCGGGCCCUGGGCCUGGGCCUGGGCCAGGCAUGAUGGGUCCUGAGGGUCCACAAUCGCGCCUCGGAAUGGCCGGUCAACAUCCACAUCAACAACAACCUCAUCAUGCUCACGGACCCAGUCCUUACAAUGGUGCUAAUGUCCAGGUGAAGUCGAGUGCGCCUAAUACUAUACAGUACUUACCGGCGAGGCCAAACGUCGGUCACGCGCCUCGUGGUCCUCUCAGCCUCGAUUUCCUACGCUUCUCCAAUCCCAUGCAAGGUCUUGAUGCCAAGAUGAAUUCGCCUUCCGUUAAUCUACAGUACUUCCCCAAUGGCUGUGUGCCCAACAACAUGGGCCCGGGACCCCAAGGACCGCAUGGGCCACCACCAGGCGGCAUGAGUGGUCCAGGUCCUAAUCCCGGAGGCAUGCCUCCAGGCAUGAGUGGUAAUAUGCGCAUGGACGGUCAGCCAGGAAUGGCAGGGCAGCCCCAGGGACACAUGCACCCAUCCAUGAGGCCUGUUGCCGGCGGUGGACCUGGUCAAGGUCCUGGCAUGAGGCAGCAGCCUAACAUGAGAAUGCAGCAUAUGGUUGGAGGUGGCGUGUUUCCCAGCAGUCCUAUGGACCCAGACAAAGUCUACCCACCGGACAUGAUGUCAGGACCGCAGAUGCCCGGGCCUGGACAGAACGCGAGUCCAGGAAUGUAUGGUGCUCCAGGGCCCGGACCGAAGCAGCCCAACGCCAUGGGCCAGUUAGGUCCUCCACCGGACGCGUCGCAGCCUUUACCUCCAAGCAUGGGCGGUGCUGGUCCCGGAGGUAACUUCAAGAACAGUCCGUUCAUGGGACCAGGCCCGACCAUAUCCGAUCCAAACUACGCCCAGCAGUACCAUCACUUCCAGCAGCAGUUGUACGCGACGAGUACAAGAGCCAGCGGGCCUCAGUCUCAUCCAGGAAUGCACGGCCAGCCCAACGCACAUCAGCAGUUUUUUAUGCCUAAGUAGAUGGCCGUUGCAACAGCCACGGGAUUCCAAAUUGUAGCGAACGCUAUCUGACUUACGCACCCGUACACACUAACCGAGAGUCGAAAAGUACUCGCGAGUCGAGGGCCUUUCUCUGCGCGGAUAUACUUGAACUUCUUUGACAUGGCAUCGGUCGCCUCGCGACGUUAUUACGACGUAAUUCGUAAUUUUUUGCGUUACAGUCGACGGAGCUGAAAUAAAAAUAUACAAGUAACCUGAGGUGCUUCCUUAAUGGACGGAUAUGUAAAGUGGUGGCGCUUUUUCGUCAAGAAUGUUAGUCAAAAAAGUUCUUAUAUAGAGAGAAAGUAAGCGAGCAUGCGGAAGCACUGUGAUUGAUGCGUGAGUGAAAGACGUGAAAAUAACAAACGAGAGAACGCGAGCGAAAUUGUAAGAGUGAGUGAGUUUUGAAAUUGUAAAUUCAAAGUUACUGUACCGAUAUGACGGCGCACCUGUAUAUAUAUUAUAUAGACUAAGGCAAAAUUUGGGCUUUCGCAAUGUCGCUCGACGCACACAAGAGACACACGCUCAUACACAAGCAGACGUAAUGCCGGAUAGCGCCGGUAAGCUCCGUGCGACUGUCGCUGAUUCAUAGCUAAUACUCAAGUCAAAAGAAUAACAAGUCAGAGAUUUUGUCAAACCCUCGACUAAUGGUUAUUUCGGGUGAGGCGCGUUGAGGCCCGCGAAAACUUCCCUUUUUUGGAAUAUAUAUAUAAUAAUCGCGUGCGCGAAAGAUAGAGCGUCGUCGACGGCAAACUUUACUUUAUUGUAAAACAGAGUCUGCGGCGAGCCUCUUCAUAAAGGUCACCGAGUCCUUCCUUUCAAGCUAAAAUACUUAAAUGAAAAGAAAAGCUCAAAACCACGAAUGUACAUAUAUACGAUAUAUACAUAUUAUAUAUAUAUAUUAUAUAUACAUACACAUGUGUACCCAAACGACAUAAGUCCUACGAUAUCGUGCGCCCCUCCAUGCUCCAUUGAGAUACAAAACAAAGUCUACUCCUUUCAUGACCAACUCUGUGCAUAAUCAUGAAAAGCCGUUUCAAAUCCUUUCCUUUUUCACUCGAUAAAACACACUCGCACACAAAUCAACGCAAACACACCUCAUUCAUUGUAGUGUGUAACAAUAUAUAUAUAUAUAAGAAGAUAUAAUUGACUAAGAACAAUUACGUUGUUGACGAAUGAUUUUUAUUAUAAAUGAAAAAUAAAAUAAAGAUAUUUACAAGAAA